AUGCUGGCCUGCCUGCAGAGGACCCAGAACGCCCCGGGCCAACACCUGGCCUGCCCGACCAAGAGCCUGGAGCUGCGCAAGUGCGAGACGGUGGCCAGCUCCAUGCAUUCCUCCCGCUACCCGAGCCCGGCCGAGCUGGACGCCUACGCCGAGAAGGUGGCCAACAGCCCACUCUCCAUCAAGAUCUUCCCCACCAAUAUCCGCGUGCCCCAGCACAAGCACCUCAGCCGCACCGUCAACGGCUACGACACCAGUGGCCAGCGCUACAGCCCCUACCCGCCGCAUACGGCCGGCUACCAGGGCCUGCUCGCCGUCGUCAAGGCCGCCGUCUCCUCCUCCGGCGUGGCUGCGCCCCCCGGGCUCACCAAAAGCGUGCUCAAGAGCGCCGAGGGCAAGCGGACCAAGCUGUCGCCGGCCGCCGUGCAGGUGGGCAUCGCGCCCUACCCGGCGCCCAGCACUCUGGGGCCCCUGGCCUACCCCAAGCCGCCCGAGGCGCCUGCCCCGCCCCCCGGCCUGCCCGCGGCCGCGGCCGCCGCCGCCCCCGUCAUCCCCCUGCCCGGCCGCGGCCUGCCCCUGCCGCCUUCCAACCUGCCCUCCAUCCACAGCAUCCUCUAUCAGCUCAACCAGCAGUGCCAGGCCCCAGGCGCUGCGCCCGCCGCCUGCCAGGCCGUGGCCAUUCCCCAGCCCAGCCCAGCCAAGCACGGCCCGGUGCCCAGCUUCCCCAGCCUGGCCUACCCGGCCACUGCCGGCCCACCCGACUGCCGGAAGGGCGCCGAGCUGGGCCAGGGAAGCACGCCGGCCUUGACGUUGGCUGGGGCCGCCAAGCCCACAGGGUACGCAGACGGAGGCCUGGAUUACCUGCUGUGGCCGCAGAAGCCGCCGCCGCCGCCGCCCCCACCCCAGCCGCUGCGGGCCUACAGCGGCGGCACGGCGGCCAGCAAGUCCCCCGAGGCCUGUGGGGGGCGGGUGUACGAGCGGGCCGGCGGGUCGCCCGUCAGCUGCGGCGUGGGGCUGCCCACCAGCUUCACCGUGGGCCAGUACUUUGCCGCCCCCUGGAACAGCGUGCUGGUGACCCCCACCAGCGACUGCUACAAUCCAGCAGCCGCGGCAGUGGCCGUGACCGAGCUGGGGCCGGGGGCGGCCCGGGAGCUGGCGGGGCCCCCGGCGGAGACCCUCUCAGGCCUGCCCAGCAAGAGCGUGUGCAACACGGCCGUGCUGAGCAGCAGCCUGCAGUCACUGGAGUAUCUCAUCAACGAUAUCCGGCCCCCUUGCAUCAAGGAGCAGAUGCUGGGCAAGGGCUACGAGACGGUGGCUGUGCCCCGGCUGCUGGACCACCAGCACGCCCACAUCCGCUUGCCCGUCUACAGAUAA